AUGCUGGCAGUCUGUAAAGUCGUACAGAGACUCCUUACUCGAGGCAUCGCACACAAUGAUAUAAAAUACAACAAUGUCUGCCUUCACAACGGGGACGACGGGCUCCACGUGACCCUCAUCGACUUGGGGAUGGCUACGCUCGUCAAUCAUCCAGUAUACAGAAGACCAGUAGCCACUGAUAUCCAGCCGCAGAUAGUAUGGAUGGCACCGGAGGUUCUGAACGGGGAAAAUACCACCACCACCAGCGACGUCUACAGCCAAGUUACUAUUUCAACAAUUCGUCGAUUGGGGUCGUACCCUGAAUCAGAACCCUCAGCCAGAACCCACCCAGCCAGAACCCUCCCAGCUAAACCCUCCCAGUCAGAACCCUCCCAGCCAGAACCCUCCCAGCCAGAACCCUCCAUCAGAACUCACCCAUCCAGAACUCUCCCAGGUCCAGCCAGAACCCACCCAGCCAGAACCCUCCCAGCCAGAACCCUCCCAGCAGAACCCUCCCAUCCAGAACCCUCCCAGCCAGAACUCACCCAGCCAGAACUCCCAGCCAGAACCUCUCCCAGCCAGAACCCUCCCAGCCAGAACCUCCCAGCCAGAACCCUCCCAGCCAGAACUCACCCAGCCAGAACUCUCCAGCCAGAACCCUCCAGCCAGAACCCUCCCAGUCCAGAACCCUCCCAGCCAGAACCCUCCAUCCCAGAACUCACCCAGCCAGAACCCCUCCCAGCGAACUCACCCAGCCAAACCCUCCCAGCCAGAACUCCUUGCCAAGACCACUCCCAGCCAGAACCCUCCCAGCCAGAACCCUCCCGGCCAGAACUCACCCAGCCAGAACUCACUCGGCCAGACUCACCCAGCCAGAACCCUCCCAGCCAGAACCCUCAGCCAGAACCCUCCCAGCCAGAACUCACCGGGCCAGAACCCUCCCAGCCAGAACCCUCAGCCAGAACUCUCAGCCAGAACCCUCCGACAAGACCCUCCCAGCCAGAACCCCCCAGCCAGAACUCUCCCAGCCAGAACCCUCAGCCAGAACCCUCCCAGCCAGUCCCAGCCAGAACCCUCAGCCAGAACCCUCGGCCAGAACUCACCCAGCCAGAACCCUCCCAGCCAGAACCCUCCCAGCCAGAACCCUCCCAGCCAGAACUCACCCAGCCAGAACCCUCCCAGCCAGAACUCACCCAGCCAGAACCCUCCAUCCAGAACUCACCCAGCCAGAACCCUCCCAGCCAGAACCCUCCCAGCCAGAACCCUCCCAGCCAGAACCCUCCCAGCCAGAACCCUCCCAGCCAGAACCCUCCAUCCAAAACAGUCAAAAAGGACAUCAAAAUCGUCUUCUAA